AUGUAUAAAUGCAUGGAUGUUAAUCGUUUUCAUUUCAUUGAAGGUGAUACUGAUUCAUCUUAUUGGGCUAUUGCUGGCGAUCCAAGUCUUCCUAACACUCAAGCAUUUCAGGCGAUUGUAACCGAUAAACAAUUUUAUGAUAAAAACAUUUUCAAAUUCGCACCAUUUGAUUUCUUCUGUUUUGAUGAGAAAUUUAAACCUAAAUUAAAGAAUAAAGCUGAAGAAAAAGCACAUGAUAAGAAGUUAUUGGGUUUAGCAAUUGAGAAACAAGGUGAUAACAUGGUUGCUUUAUGUCCUAAAUGUUAUACAUCAUUCAACGGUUCAAUUGAUGGAAGUGAUUUUAAAAAGAUUGCACAAAAAAUGAAAGGUGUUAGUUUACGACAAAAUAAACAAUUAACACCUAAAAAUUAUUUGGAUAUAAUAAAUGAUAAAGUGAUAUUUGAUGGUCAGAAUAUUAAUUUACAACUUAAAAACGGGUCAAUGACUCGCUUAACAAUCGGUAAGACUGCAUUAACAGGAGCACACACUAAGGCUGUAUGUUGUGAAAAUGGAUGUUGUAUGCCAUUUAUUUAA